AUGUGCAACGACUCCGCCGAGCCGGUGGCUCCGCCCAUUGCGGUGGACCCUCGCGUGGAAGCCGAGUCGGAGAAUGACCAGACCGACAAUGAGAGGUACAAUCACACGUUGAUCGGAGUAGAGAGACCAGCCUCUUUGACGGAGAGCAUUAAGGAGUACCGCGAGAUUCAUGGCCGCACCUUCACCCAAAAGACUGAAUACUGGGGCCCAAAUGAUGAGAAGCACAAUGACGCUCUGGACUUUAACCACUUUUGGAUCACCGAACUGUUCGACGACAAGCUUACCUUAGCUCCGAUUGGCGACAGCCCUCAGAGAGUCCUUGAUCUCGGUACGGGCACGGGCAUCUGGGCCAUGGAAUUCGCCGACCUGUUCCCAUCAGCUGAGGUUAUCGGCAUCGAUCUCUCGCCAACGCAACCUGCAUGGGUUCCUCCGAACGUUCAAUUUCUCAUCGACGAUUUUGAGAAAGAGUGGAGCUGGCCGCAAGACCACUUCGAUUACGUUCAUGCUCGCAACCUGGAGGGCUGCUUCGCAGACCUUCCUGCCUUCUGCAAAGAGCUGUAUGACCACACGAAGCCUGGCGGCUACUUCGAAAUCAUUGAAUUUGAUACCCGGGCUCGCUCGCAGAAUGUUGAGCUGGACGACAAGCACAUCUUCAACCAGUGGUACAACUGGAUUGUCGAGGGCCAGGCUAAAAUGGGCAAACCUCAAGGCAACGUGGCUUCAGGAAGAUUCAAGCAGGCACUUCUUGAUGCUGGCUUCACUGACCUCGUGGAGAAGAGAUGGAAGGUUCCGGUGGGCACAUGGCCGGCUAAGCCUGAGAUGAAGAGGCUGGGGUACUGCAAUCUCGAGUUCAUGGAGAAGUCGUUGGAAGGCUUCAUGCUUUAUAUCCUGAAAGAGGUUUUGGGAUUUACCACUGAAGAGACCCACGUUACUAUCAGCGAAGUGAGGGCUGCUUUCAGAGAUUACAAGAUCCAGCCGUAUUACUACAUGGAUGCCGUCUUCGCGCGCAAACCAAUUGAGGUCGAGCAGAAGACGGAAGAUACGCCGGAGGCAUGA